AAGACCAAUUUCAACUAAAAUAAUAGAAAACAUACACAAAAGAGGUAUUAGAAUUGAGGUAGUUGUUAAGUCGAUAUCAAUCACAUAAUUUCUUAACAGACAUAAAAUAGACCCACGCACACUAACUUGUAUCAAAUGUAUACUCUAAUGACACUCAUCCUUCUUGUCCCUCUUCUUCUUUUUCUUUUCCGUCACCUCCUUUCACGACGGCUAAGGCAGCGGAAACCAUACCCUCCGGGACCCAAAGGCUUACCCAUCAUUGGCAAUAUACUCAUGAUGAACCAAUUCAACCACCGUGGCCUAGCCAAGCUCAGCCGCACAUACGGUGGACUACUUCACCUCCGCCUCGGAAUUUCCCAUCUUUUUGUAGUUUCUUCUCCUCAAAUCGCACGUCAAGUCCUCCAAGUUCAAGACCACGUUUUCUCAAACCGUCCAACCACAAUAGCAAUCCGUUACUUGACCUACGGGCAAUCCGACCUAGCAUUCUGCAAUUACGGCCCGUUCUGGCGAAGGAUGAGGAAACUCUACGUUAUGAUGCUCUUUAGCCGUAAACGGGCCGAGUCGUGGGCCUCUGUUGACGAAGAGGUUCACAAAGCGGUCCGUUCUGUAGCGGCCAAUGUCGGAAAACCACUAAACGUAUGCAAAGUCGCAUUCUCCUUAACAAGAGACAUAACGUUCCGAGCAGCGUUCGGCUCCUCGUCGUCCAGUUCUAACGAAGGCAGACUAGAUGAGUUCCUUGAGAUCAUACAAGAGUUCUCUAAGCUCUUUGGUGAGUUUAAUGUAGCGGAUUACGUCCCGUCUUGGCUCAGUUGGAUAGACCCGCAAGGGAUAAACAAGCGGGUCGAGAAAGCCCGAAAAUCUCUAGACUGUUUCAUUGAGUCAAUCAUCAAUGAUCACUUAGACAAGAAGAAGACAGAAAAGAACGUUAACGUUGACGAGGUGACCGAUAUGGUUGACCAGUUACUUGCGUUCUACAAAGAAGAAGUUAAAGUCAAGGACUCAGAGACCAAAAUCAAUCUCGAUAACAUAAAGGGCAUCAUCAUGGAUGUGAUGUUCGGAGGAACCGAGACGGUGGCAUUAGCAAUCGAGUGGGUACUAACCGAGCUACUCCGGAGCCCCGAGAACAUGAAACGGGUCCAGGACGAGCUAGCGACUGUGGUCGGGCUUGAGCGGUGGAGCGUGGAGGACACGCAUCUUGAGAAGCUCUCUUUCCUAAAAUGUGUACUCAAGGAUACUCUCCGGCUCCACCCGCCGUUCCCUCUCCUCCUCCACGAGACGGUGGAGGAGGCCGAGGUCUCCGGUUACUUCAUUCCCAAGGGAUCACGUGUGAUGGACACCUACGCUCUUGGGCGUGACCCGGCUUCGUGGUCCGACCCGGAAAUAUUCAACCCGAGUAGGUUCUUGGAUCCGGGUGCUCCUGAUCUGAAAGGAAACAGUUUCGAAUUCAUUCCGUUCGGGUCAGGUAGGAGAUCGUGCCCGGGUAUGCAACUCGGGAUGUAUGCGUUUGAGCUUGCGGUGGCUCAUCUUCUACACUGCUUCACGUGGAGAUUACCGGACGGCGUGAAAUUCGGUGACGUGGACACCAUUGAAGGGCCGGGUCUCACGGUUGCUAAGGCUAACUCUCUUGUGGCAGUGCCGAUCAAGCGCCUCCUCUGUCCCAUGGUCUUGGAAAGCCACAAUGUUUAAAAACUUGUUUUCAUAAUUAUUAUUUUACGUUGAUAUUUUCUUGUGUAAUGUAUGUAUGGUGUUCAUGUUUACGUUAGCAUUAUUUUCUUUAAUAUAAUAUCCAAAUAAAUACAUAAAGCGUAAAAUAUGGUUAUUUUAAAAAUAUACUAACAUCAAGAAGAAAACCAUGUUUUUUUCAAGACUAAUAUAGUCCCAAUGAACAUUAAACUAGCUUAUGACCAUUUUCUGAGUAGUAGAUCCAAUCAUAUCUAGCAUCCCACAAGAAUCGUGCGCCGAAUUUUAUGAAAUAACGAGAUUCUUCAUGUAUUAUGGCAGGACAUAAAAUAUUUCAUGUUGUGAAUGUUACGAAACUGAUUUAAUUAAAAAAAAAAAAUUUGAAGAGUGCAAUAAACAUGUUUUUUUAUAGAGUGAAAGGAAAAUCAUUUACACGAAGGAUUUUUCAUCCAUAUGUCAUAAGAUCAUUGGACGAGAAAUCUUUCGUAAAAAUGAUUUCAUUUCGUUUUAUAAAAAAAACAUGCUUAUUUCUCUUUCCAAAUCCU